UGUCUUUUAAGUGUUGUGAAAUGGAAUGGCAACAUUACAAACUGGUAAUGCUUUACUGGUCCAACUUUUUUAAAAAAUGUGUUGCAAAAUUGGAGUAUUUAUUUUGAAAAAAAAUCAUGUGCAACACUGAAAUACAAGACAAAGUAAUUUUAGAAAUCACUACUUUCAUUUUUAUUUGCGCUUUCCAUUCUGUCCCAUCUUUUUCUGAUUUGGGUUUUAAUAUAAACAACUUUUGUACUAUUUAAUACCAAGAAAAAAUAAGCUUGCAGUCAGUGCAAUUUAAUCUUGGCUGGCCUAAGUCAUCCACUAAAGUAAGAAGUAUUAUUGUUUAUGUGUGUUGAGGGAAAGCAGAUGGUUCAGUCCCUUUUUGACCCGGCACAUAUUCUUGGUAACCAGAUCAGUGAGAAGCACUUUAUCCAGCUUACUUCCCACAUUCCCUGAAUCAGCGGCCUAACCUGCUAUCUAAAACCCUGCGCCGUGUCUUCUCAAGAGCAGAGGUCAACCAGUCGCAAAAGAUCAACUUUUCUUUUCAGGAUGUCUUGGUUAGAAUUAUAAAGUCCAAUGACGCCUACGGCCUGUAAAUAUUGUGGAAAAAUACCUUUUAUACUACGAUUAAUUAACCGGAUAGAAUAAAGAAACCAAAGAUACAUUUCAGGAGGAGGAUUAAUUUUUGUUAACCAAUUACCUUCACACAUAAACUCACCUGUCAUGGACAUUAUCCUGUUAGCGGUGACCAUGAGGCCCUAAUAGAUCACGUGUGCUAUUGCUGAGUAGAUAAUCCCUUAUGUUUCAACCUAUUACGGAGCGUAUGUGUGUGUUAAUGUGCAUGUGCAUUAGAUCCCAAACUCCUCUGUCGCUGCCACAGUGUCGAGUUCAAGUCCACUUAUUUUUGCCUCUAAACAUUUCCAUCAAGAGUCAAGAUUCUUCUGUAGGAUAAGCUCCAGCAGAUUGGGCUCUACCUUUGGGAAGGGGUCACGGCAGCUUUCAGACCAUCUGGCCGAGCAAUCACUUCAUUACCUGAAGACAGCCUGAGUCAAUCAACUGCAGACGGGACAUCUUUUAAAACUGGGCUUGACUUCUUCCAAAACCAAGGAAUGUUUUGAGACAGGAUUUUAUGGAUUAUAAUUGUGGAGAGUAUUAUUAUAGAAGACAAGUCUUAUUUAUAUAUAUGUAGCUAUGCUUUGCAUAGUCAUGCUGCUUGGAAUGGCAGAAGGAAAAUCUGUCAAAGACGACUCAUUCUGCACUCAGCUGCCAAAUAUUACACCGCUGAGGGACAAGAAUGUACCAUAUUAGAUAUUUGCUUGUGUCUGGAUCAGUUCACCUUGGCUACUGUUCCUGGAUGAGCCGAUGCAUGCAUCGUUACCGGUUUUUUUCAAGCCCCAUCCUUGGUUCGUGCAGUUGAUAGAAGUCUCAAGCUGAGUUCUGGGAUCUAAAGCCUGUUUAGAUCAUGGCUUUGAAUUCUUCAGAAAUCACUGUUCCACCUCAAGUUUGCACAAUUGUGCCUCCAUCACCCAACUUGAAACGCAAGCAACUAAUGUGGCAGAAUGCUGUACGUCACAUUAUUGACCAACGAGGAAUGCACCACGAGGGGCGAGCGGUCAACUCUCGCAAAAUCAUUGUUACUGACGCCUACAUCGAUGACAUCAACAGACAGAUUCGGAACAAAGCUGCACGGGGCAAUGCUGGCAUGCAUAAGCGGCGCUCCUCUGCAGCUCGCAUCCAUCCAUUUCGAGAACGCAACUCCACCUGCACACGGAAGUCAACAGAAUCAGUUACUGAUGCAGACUUCUUUGUAAGCUGGGGCUCCACAGUGCGUGGCAUCUUCCUCCCUGCUCUCCACCACAAGUUCAAAUCUCACGAUCUGGAGCAUUUGUACCAGCAGCACUCAUCUGGCCAACGGCGAACUUCCCUCGUAGUCACUAAUGUAAUUGAUAUUCUUACCAAACUCCACAUUAUCUUCAUCUACCUGGCUUUGGCCCCUGAGAUGGUGGACUCUCAACAUGGAUGGUUGGCCGGGCUCUUAAUGGCGCUCGGAGCGAUCAUAUGUGUCUUAGUUCUGACUUGUAAAGGACUGAUGUCUCCAGAUUACCUUCGCUAUGCCGGGCUGGCAAGCUGGCUGUCACAGACUGUUCAAGCGCUGGGGGGACUGGUGUACGGAUUGGAGACAGACCAGUCGUGGUAUGUGCUCUUCACCCUUUUUGCCAUCUACACACUAUUGCCCCUACCUCUGCUGUGGUCCAUCUGCAUGGGAUUCCUCACUGCUGCCUUGCACCUGUUUGUGGAUACCUUUAAGAACUACAAUGACACAGCCAUUGUAAGAAAGUUACUAGCGAAAGGUCUAUUGUACAUGGGCAUGAAUACUGCAGGGCUUUUCAUCCACUAUUUAUCCGAUCGUGCCCAAAGGCAGGCCUUCCUUGAGACACGGCGCUGCAUUGAGGGUCGAGUCAAGAUGGAGAGAGAGAACCAGAGACAGGAGCGCUUGGUGAUGUCUAUUCUUCCUCGGUUUAUUGCUAUGGAGAUGAUUGGUGAUAUGACUGCCCUGGAUGAUGAAUUGCUUCCUCAACAGUUCCAUAAAACUUACUUUCAUCAAUACAAAGAUGUCAGCAUCCUGUUUGCUGACAUAAAAGGCUUCACCUCUCUCUCCAUGACCAUGCCGGCUCAAGAAUUGGUGCGGACUCUCAAUGAGCUGUUUGGUCGCUUUGAUCGCCUUGCAGAGGAGAAUCACUGCAUGAGGAUAAAGAUUCUUGGAGAUUGUUACUACUGUGUGUCUGGGGUUCCAGAGCCCCAGACUGCACAUGCCCGCUGCUGUGUAGAAAUGGGUCUGGCCAUGAUCAACACUAUACGUUAUGUGCGCAAAGAGCUGAAGAGAGAUAUGGACAUGCGUAUUGGAAUCCACUCUGGCUCUGUCCUGUGUGGGGUUUUGGGUCUUCAGAAAUGGCAGUUUGACGUGUGGUCUUGGGACGUAGAUGUUGCCAACAUGCUAGAGGCUGGAGGAAUCCCAGGGAGGAUUCAUAUAUCGCGAGCAACCCUGGACUGUCUCGAGGGUGUUUAUGAGACGGAAGAGGGCCGAGGACAUGAGCGCAAUGAGUUUUUACGCAAGCACAAGAUCGACACUUUUCUGAUCCGCCACACACCCCAAGAUGACAAAGAGCCCCCUAAAGUCAGGAGAACUAGCAAAGAUGAGACAACAUGGAGUGCAGAGCUGCCUUUUGACAACAUCAUCGGAAUGAACUGUAUAUUAGCCACGUUUACCAAUGGCUCCUUGGUGCACCUGCCCAAUCAGAUUACUCCGCAUUGUGCCGGGUCUCGAGAAAUCAACAAGAGAAUCAAGCAAGCCAUCGAGGUGCGCAGCAGUGAACGAAUGCGCAAAGAACACAUCACACCCUUCACUCUAGUCUUCAAAGACACACACAUUGAGGGAAAGUUUUCUCAAAUGAGAGAUGAGAUGUUCAAGUCCAAUUUGGCCUGUUCCUUCCUUCUGCUCCUCUUCAUCAUGGCUGCCCAAGCCCUCAUCCCUUCUCCACAAUUCUUUCCCAUGAUAAUCCAGUUUUUAGUGUUCCUGUUUGUCUACAUGCUGGUGCUUCUGGUCACUCUGGCUGAGGAAUUUAAGCGCUCCCCGCCAUAUUUACAGCAUCUGUGCUGCUGGAUCCACGAGACCAAGAGCAUCCGGAACCUACUCACCCUCACUGCUAUUGCUAUUAACUUUGGUGUAGCCUCCUGCAACAUUUUUUGGUGUAACGGCACAUUUGAAGAGACUGAGAAAAGCAACAAGAACUCAGAACAUGGUAAACAGUGGCCAGUAAACAUCUGCACACAUCCUGAGUUCUUCGUUUUGAGUGGUGUGGUGGCAAUGGUGACGUGUGCUGUCUUCCUGAGGCUCAGCUGUCUGUUGAAGCUAGCAGUGCUGACGUUAGUCAUUGCAGUUUACACAUACCUCAUUGAGGUUGCCUUCCAUGUGCUCUUUAUCCGCCAACACCAAAACAGCCAAAUUCAGAGAUCUCAAUACCUCAGACGGAAAGGCAUUUCUGUGCUGCUAAUGGCCAUGUUUGUUGUGGUCGUCCUUUACAACAGUAGACAGCUAGAAACUACAUCCAGGCUUGACUUCCUGUGGCGUCUGCAGGCCAGGCAAGAAGUGGAGGACAUGAAGGAACUAAGGGAGCAUAACGAGUGUCUGCUGUACAACAUCCUCCCUGCCCACGUCGCUCGCCACUUUCUCGAGAGAGACAGAAACAAUGAGGAUCUGUUCUCUGAAUCGUACGAGCGAGUUGGAGUGAUGUUUGCUUCCAUUCCAGGCUUUUCCGAUUAUUACGAGAAGAAAGAAUUGAUUCAUCAAGACGUGGAGUGUCUGCGUCUUCUUAAUGAGAUCAUUGCUGACUUUGAUGAGCUACUGGAUGAGCCUUACUUUCAGGACAUUGAGAAAAUCAAAACCAUUGGCAGCUGCUACAUGGCUGCAUCGGGCCUUUCUCCUGAGAAACAGGAAUGUGAAGAUGAGUGGGCUCACCUCAGUACACUGGUUCUGUUCGCUUUGGCCAUGCAAGAAACUCUGAAAGAAAUAAACAAACGCACCUCUAAUGACUUCUGGUUGCGUGUUGGUAUUUCUCACGGGCCUGUAGUCGCUGGUGUGAUUGGUGCCACAAAGCCUCAGUAUGAUAUUUGGGGCAUGACUGUAAAUCUUGCUAGCCGAAUGGACAGCACAGGGCUCAGUGGGCGUAUUCAGGUCCCAGAAGCCACCAGCCGUGUCCUGGCCGAACACGGCUUUAUGCUGCAGCUUAGAGGGGAAAUCUAUGUCAAAGGAGUUAGCGAGCGGCGGGGAGCGGUCCGCACAUAUUUCGUAAGCAGCAGGGAACACAAUUCAAGCUACGCUGAGAGAAACACUAGCAGAGGGAUCUCUCUCGGGAGAAACACUCUCGCCGCUGUGGUCUUUUCCCUGGUGCAGGCCCGCAAGAAAGAAGAAUUACGAGAAGCCAAUGGAGGAUUUCAUCUGAAGGACAUGGCAUGAAUUCGGAUUGAAAAGUGGACAGAAGCCAUAUUUAAUACCUCUUCAGUUUUUUUAGACUGGUGUCUGAGUCAAUGCCUUCAAGUGAUUUUCUGCAUUCUCUGUCGUUCUUUCUGAACGGUACCAACUUCACAUCUCAUAUAUAACCAGAUUUCUACAGGAUUUCUUAUUGUAACGGAAAGAACAAAUUGCUUCUAAAAGUCAUGUUUCUUAUGUUCUGGAAGUUUUUGAAUCAUGAAGUUGUGAGUUUAUUAUAGCAGAGCUGCAAAUAAACACUUUAUAUUUUGGACAAGACCGUAACUGCAAAAACAAAGGAACUCUGGAUUAGAUCAAACAUGAUGACUCAUAGUUGGGAUUUCUGUAUCUUUAUCUGGAUAUUUUUCCCCAUAGUUUUCUGUAAUCAACUGCCAAUGAAUUGUGAGAAAUGAAGGGUCUGACAUCACCAUUGCAAAAAGCUAAUUGGCCUAUUAUCUGAUGCAUGUGUAUUAGUCAAUGACACUCUGGAAAAGCUAUAAAUCUCAGGAUUAUUCAUCCAGCUUAGACGACUUUCUAUGAAAAGUAAUAUUUAGAUUUUUUGUGCGUAAUUGACCAUUUAUAAACUCUUUUUAUAUGAUGUUUACAUGAUCACAUGAGGUAGUGUGACAGGAAAAGCUUCUGUCUCUGUUUAUUGUUUUUAAUGUUGUUGACUCAAUAUUGAGGCAGAAUUACAAUAACGUCACGGUGAAUGCAUAAAGCAGGAAUUAACAAUGCCAAAGUUCUGUUUUAGACAAUAAAGGUAUAUUUUUAGUGCACGGUCCACCAAAUUUUACUGAGUGCAUUUUUUUUUUUUUUGGUAUUUUAUUUUUAAAUAUAUUUGGGUUCAGUGUUUGUCUGAUUAAGCAGUUUUUGGAAGCAGAUACAAACAGGCUAACAAUAAACCUUUUUGCUAUGCCGCA